UUCUCGAGAAUAAUUCAAAGUUUAAACUAGAAAAAAUAACCUUUUGAAAAGAACUGAUUUACUAAAUACCAUUAUUUUUGCGUUACUACUCGGCUAUUUUGGGAUCAUCUUCACAUCUUGUUUUUACUAUAGUCUCUUGUGUUGCUACGAGUUUAAAGAAUUAAUAUGCGUGAAUGCAUUAGUAUCCAUGUUGGCCAAGCUGGAGUACAAGUUGGAAACGCAUGCUGGGAGCUUUAUUGCCUGGAGCACGGCAUUCAGCCAGACGGCCAGAUGCCAAGUGAUAAGACUGUUGGCGGAGGUGAUGACUCUUACAAUACAUUCUUCAGUGAAACUGGAGCAGGCAAGCAUGUUCCAAGAGCAGUUUACAUUGAUUUGGAGCCAACCGUUGUAGAUGAAGUCAGAACUGGUACGUAUCGUCAGCUGUUUCAUCCUGAGCAAUUGAUAACAGGCAAGGAAGAUGCUGCAAACAACUAUGCCAGGGGACACUACACUAUUGGCAAAGAGCUCGUUGAUCUCGUUUUGGAUCGUUGCCGAAAGUUAGCUGACCAAUGUACAGGCUUGCAAGGAUUUCUCAUCUUCCAUAGUUUCGGGGGAGGCACGGGAUCUGGAUUCGCAUCUCUGUUGAUGGAACGGCUAUCAGUGGAUUAUGGCAAAAAGUCGAAAUUAGAAUUCGCAAUUUACCCAGCACCUCAAAUAUCAACCGCUGUCGUAGAGCCUUAUAAUUCAAUCCUGACUACACACACAACGCUGGAGCAUUCCGACUGUGCUUUUAUGGUGGAUAAUGAAGCUAUUUAUGACAUUAGUCGCCGCAACUUAGAUAUUGAGAGGCCAACGUACACAAAUCUCAAUCGCCUCAUUGGACAAAUCGUCUCCUCCAUAACUGCAUCUUUGAGGUUUGAUGGUGCUCUGAACGUUGACUUGACUGAAUUUCAGACGAACCUAGUGCCAUUUCCGAGAAUACAUUUUCCUUUGGUGACUUAUGCUCCUGUAAUUUCCGCGGAAAAAGCAUAUCAUGAGCAAUUGACUGUGGCGGAAAUUACCAAUGCUUGCUUUGAGCCCGCUAACCAGAUGGUAAAGUGCGAUCCCCGGCAUGGAAAAUAUAUGGCCUGCUGUCUUUUAUACAGAGGGGAUGUUGUGCCGAAAGAUGUUAACGCAGCAAUAGCGGCUAUUAAGAGCAGAAGGACAAUUCAAUUCGUAGACUGGUGCCCAACGGGUUUCAAAGUAGGGAUUAACUACCAACCACCGACAGUAGUUCCUGGUGGGGAUCUCGCCAAGGUUCAACGAGCAGUGUGCAUGCUUGCCAAUACAACUGCUAUUGCAGAGGCAUGGUCAAGACUUGAUCACAAGUUCGAUCUUAUGUAUGCCAAGCGUGCUUUCGUCCACUGGUAUGUAGGGGAAGGAAUGGAAGAGGGUGAGUUUUCAGAAGCCAGAGAAGAUUUAGCAGCACUCGAAAAAGACUAUGAAGAAGUUGGCCAAGAUACUACUGAUGUCGGAGAGGGUGAAGAAGAGGAAGAGUAUUAAACUAAAAUUUUUAAACGAUAACUGUUGGUGCAUCUUUAUGAAAGAACUGAAACCAUUUUCAAAAUUUUAUGAUAGAGACAAAAUUCGGUAAUAUUUGAAGUAAAAACCAACUUGCAGCAUUGAAUUUAAUGUAUACUUUUAUAUUUAUUGAAGUU